AUGGUAAUUAUGUCCUUGAAUGUAUGUUACAUAGCUCUGUUCAUUGCCUUCUUGCUGAUUCCGUUUGCUUAUUCAGUGUCCUUUCAAAUAUCUCGUUUUGGACCAGAUACGACUGACAUACUCUAUGAAGGGGAUGCGGUAGCGUCUGUAGGAAAAAUUGAGUUUAACAAAGCAAAUUAUCUUUGUCGCGUUGCUCAUGCCAUAUAUAGAGAGAAAGUGCCACUUUGGGAUCCUGAUCACUCCACAAAGCUUGCUGAUUUCUCCACGCAUUUUUCGUUUACUAUAGAUACCCAAAAUCGUUCUUCAUAUGGUCAUGGCAUUGCAUUCUUCCUUGCUCCGGUUGGUUUUCAGAUUCCACCUAACUCGGAUGGCGGUUUUCUUGGACUUUUCAAUACCACCACCAGCGAUUCAGCUCAAAACCAAAUCGUUGCUGUUGAGUUUGACUCGUUUUCCAACCCUGAGUGGGACCCUACAUUCGAGCACGUUGGCAUCAACAAAAAUUCAAUUGCUUCAACUGUGACAGCUCCUUGGAAUGUUAGUUUGCAUAGUGGCAACCCUAUUGAUGCAUGGAUUACUUACAAUUCCACAACAAAAAAUCUAAGCGUCUUUUGGAACUAUGGAAAAGGCCCCAGUUCUAGCAUAUCUUAUAUUAUAAACCUCAGAGAUGUUCUGCCUCCAUGGGUUACAAUUGGAUUCUCUGCUGCUACAGGUAAAAAUGUUGAAAGACAUAUGCUUCAAUCGUGGGAGUUCAGCUCGAGUCUUGAUAUAAAGGAGUUAGAGGGAAAUGGUCGCAAAAAGAUUGGACUUAUUGCAGGGUUAACAACAUUAGGGGGGAUUUUGUUUGUGAGCGCGAUUUUGGCUUUAGUAGUUUUGAGGAAACGGAGACAAAAGGUGAAGGGAAAUCUGGAGGAAAUAGGACUAACGUCUUUCAAUGACGAUCUUGAAAAGGGAGCAGGACCAAGAAAGUUUUCUUACAAAGAGUUGGAUACUUCAACCAAUCAUUUUUCGGAGGGACGAAAGUUAGGGGAAGGAGGAUUUGGAGAAGUUUACAAAGGGUACCUCAUCGAUCUUGACAUGGCGGUUGCUGUGAAAAAGAUAUCAAGAGGGUCUAAGCAAGGGAAAAAGGAAUACAUAACCGAGGUGAAGGUUAUAAGUCGAUUAAGGCACAGAAAUCUUGUUCAACUAAUCGGUUGGUGUCAUGACCAAGGUGAGUUCUUACUUGUUUAUGAAUUCAUGCCUAAUGGUAGCUUAGAUUUUCAUUUAUUUGGUAAAAAGAAUCCUCUUAGUUGGACUACAAGGUACAAGAUUUCUCUCGGUUUAGCAUCCGCCUUGCUCUAUCUACACGAAGAAUGGGAACAAUGUGUGAUCCAUAGAGACAUUAAAUCAAGUAAUAUAAUGCUCGAUUCGAGUUUUAAUGUUAAGCUUGGUGAUUUUGGCUUGGCUAGACUAAUGGACCAUGAAUUAGGUCCACAGACUACAGGGUUGGCUGGAACUUUAGGUUAUUUGGCUCCGGAAUACAUAAAAACAGGCCGAGCAAGUAAAGAGUCGGAUGUAUAUAGCUUCGGAAUAGUUGCAUUAGAAAUUGCAACGGGAAAAAAAUCAGUAGAAUUAGUGGAGUAUGUUUGGGAUCUUUAUGGAAAUGGAAAACUUCUUUCUGUUGUUGAUGAGAAAUUAAACAUGGAUUUUGAACAAGAACAAGUAGAACGAUUGUUGAUAACUGGAUUAUGGUGUGCUCAUCCAGAGAGCAAUCUAAGGCCAUCGAUAAGACAAGCAAUUCAUGUUCUUAAUUUUGAGGCAUCGUUGCCUAAUAUCCCGAUGAAGAUGCCAGUUCCUGUGUAUUAUUUACCUAGUACUUGUGGUGAUCCAGCAAUUAGCUCGGGGGAGCCUACGAUGACUUGCACAAGCAUGGAUGUGGGUCGUUAAUUAUUUGCAGUUUUAUAAUAUCUGUCUGGAAUGAACUUAAAUGGAGCGUGUCAACAGUGAUUCAUAUAGCAGAGCCAAAUUUGCUUGCGAAUGUGGUGUAGUAUUAGUUUCUGUUGUAGUAGUAUCUUGUAUAAUCCAGUGGCUUGUAAAUCUCGUGAACCUUACAAAUUAUAAAAGCUUUCGUAUAACUUAUUGGUGUAAAAUUGUGAAAGUUCUUUAAGUUCCAAAUGAAUAUAAGGUGGACAGAAUAUAAGGCAAAUUCAAUUCAUUGAAAAA